CUCAAUUCUUCCCCGAGUGCUUUUUGUCUUCUUCGCCUGAUGCCCUGCGGGCCGGAUUUCGCCGCCACUCUCCCGCUCCCUCGCGCUCGCACUGCCGGUCGCCCCUCUCGUCGGCGGCCCCCGUCGGCCUGGUGCUCCUGCCCUAGCCGUCCUGAGCAACGCAUGCUUCCCCCGGGCGACAUCCUUUCUGUCCGGACCUCGCCGCUGGUCACUCCGUCCGGUGCUGGCUUCUGCCUUCGCGGCUUCCUUCCCGAGGUCGCUGGAUCCUUGGCCGAUUAUCGGAGAUGCUAGGCCUGAGCUUUCCCCCUCACAGCCGGCCCCUCUUUUCCUCUCAGGCUCGAUGCGUAGCGUCCCCUCGUUCGGUCUUCCUUAUCUCGUGCCGGUGCCGUCUGCCGUCAGCGACGCUCCACCCUCCUGCAACUCCAAUUACAAAAAGGGCAGGCCCCUUUCUCUGUUCCGCCUGAGGCCAUAGCUUCGCAGCGCUCUUGUGUCGCUCGCCUCUUGCGGCCCGUAAGCCUUGGGCUGCUUCGCCCUUGCGACUGGCGACCCGAGCCGCCAGAAAGCAACCUGCAGUUGCCUCCCUUCGACGGCCUCCUUUCCCUCGCGGUCGAAGCCGCGAUGCCUCCUCCGGCAUUUAGAAGUCCGAGCAAUCCCUCUCAUGGAGGUAGGCACCGAUCAUAUUUUUGUAUGUUGUGAUAUUUAUUUCAAAUACUUGUAAUCUCAAUCGCUCUUCCCUCAUUCCAUGCAUGUCUUGCGAGGUACAUCGGUGCGUGGUUUCGACGUCGACAACUUAGACAGGCAAAGAGAAUGCAACCUCAAACAUCACGAAGGGCCUGUUUUGGAGUCCAUCAACCAACAAGAGCUAUCAUGAAAUCCAAUAAAACAAUUAGUUUCCAUAGGGCUUUUCUUCAAGAAUUUCUUUAUCCUUUAUUCGGUAGAGAUGAAGGGAGUAGAAUUUUGAAAAUUUUCCAAGAAUUGGAUGAUGGGUAUCUGACCGUGAUGAGUUUGUUAUUUGAGAGAGGGGAAGUUGUAAAGAUGCUGAAUUUUCAUAGAAAUUUGGCUGAAAUGGGUGUUUUACCUACAAUUUACAUUGUUAAUCGAUUUUUGAAUGGCUUAUGCAUUGGGAAUCAACUUUCUGCUGCUUUUGAUUUGUUCUGUCUAGUUGUGGAGAAGGGACCAGGGCCCACUGUGGUCACCUAUAGUAUAAUAGUUCGUUGUUUUUGUCAUGAGGGUAGAUUAGAUGAUGCAUCUGAAGUUUUUGAGAUAAUGUUGAAAAGAGGAAUUAAGCCAGAUUUGAUAAUGUAUUCUAUUCUUAUUGAUGGAUUUUGCAAGGAAGGUAGAGUAGAGGAGGGAUCUAAGAUACUUGAGACGGUUUUGAAGCAUGGGAUAAAGCCAGAUGUUAUUGUUUUCAGUUCUCUUAUUGCCGGCUAUGUUAGAGUUGGUGUUAUGGAACAAGCCUGCAAGCUAUUCAACAAAAUGUUGAAGGAAGAGGUGGCACCCAAUGUUGUCAGUUAUAGCACACUGAUGAAUGGAUUAAGUCAGAAUGGUUACAUUCUUGAAGCAUUUGGAGUAUUUUCGAGGAUGCUGAAGCAAGGGCUUGAGGCAAAUGUUUUAACCUAUAGCAGCCUUAUAGAUGGGUUUUGCAAUUUAGGUGAUUUGCAAGAAGCUUUUAUUGUGUAUAAACAUAUGAUGGUCAGUGGUUGCACCCCAGAUGUGGUUGUACAUUGUUUGCUUAUUAAGGGUUUGUGCAAGGUUGGGAGAACAGUGGAUGCUCUUAGAUUUCUUCUCAAGACAGUUUCAGAACCUAACAUCAUGGUGUAUAAUGCUUUGAUUGAUGGGUGGUGCAGAUUGGGAAAAUUAGGCAAUGCCUUGAAGACUUACAGGUUAUUGAAAGUGCAUAACCUGUUACCAGAUGUGGCCACCUUCACAUUGCUUAUCAAAGGGAUGGAAAAUGAAGGGAGGUUUUUAGAAGCAGCUAUGCUUUUCUUCAGGAUGAUGAAGACUGGUUUUAUUCCAGAUGCCAUGACAUAUUGCAUUUUUAUUGAUGGCCUCUGUAAGAACAAUAAUGUGUUAGCUGGAAUGAAGAUGUGUGACAUGAUGCACGGAACCAACACUCAUCCUUAUAUUUAUGUUUAUAAUGUUCUCAUCAAUGGUCUUUGCAGGAAAGGACUCCUUGAAGAGCUACUGAAGCUGCUUGGGAAGCUCUUUCGGAAGGGUUUGAAACCUGAUAUUGUCACUUACAACACAAUGAUUAGUGGUUUUUGUUCUGCAAAGAAAAUAAAUGAAGCUAUUAGGCUUUAUCAAAACUUGUUGCGAGAAGCUCUUCAGCCUAAUGUAAUAACGUUUACAAUUCUGAUAGAUGCCUUAUGUAAAGAAGGCAAGCUGGAUGAAGCUUUGCUAUUUUUUAAUGAGUUGGUUGAGCAGGGUUCCAUGCCUAAUGUUGUAACAUAUAGCUGUUUGAUGGAUGGCUACUUCAAAAUGCAGAGAAUGGAAAAUUCAAUCGCUCUUCAUGAAGAAAUGUUGAGAAAUCACAUCUCCCCAAAUAUUGUUAGUUAUAGUGUUCUUAUUAAUGGCUUGUGCAAGGAAGGUCUUUUAGAAGAAGCUUCACAAGCCUUUCAUGAAGCUCUUAGCAAGGGAUUGUUGCCUGACGUUGUGCCCUAUGGAAUUCUCAUACAUGGGUACUGUAAAGCUGGACAAUUAAAUAGAGCAAUUAUGUUCUUUGAUCAGAUGUUAGUGAGGGGCGUGAAGCCUGAUGAUCUUGUCCAUAUUACUCUUGCAGAAUGCCUUAUCAGAGAGGGUCAUCCAGCAAACAAUAGUAAAUUACUCCAACUGCUUUCAGAGAGAGAGUUCAUGGGGAAAUGAGGGUAUGCUCAUUCUAACAGCUUCAAACGGCUAUAGUGAUACAGAAUAACAGGCUACUGGAAAUAUUUAUCAAAAUUGUUCAUUCUUUCUUGCAUGAAUGAGAAUUCUAUUUUCUGGGAUGGCUAAUUUGAUUUACGGGAUAAGAACAAUGGGGAUUAAUACUAUGGUUGGAUUUCAGGUUCAGUACCAGAAUACAUCUUGUGAGUUUUAAAGCAUGAAAUUUUUUAGCAUUGCAAUAAUGCUUGAUAUCAUAAGAAGUGCUCAAAUGAUUUAUAAUAAUUUAUUCAUUUACUUGUGUGUUUAUAAAUACAGAAGAAUUUGAGAAUGUGUUUAUACAUACAAAAUUGCCAAAAAAAAGGUUCAGCGGUGCAUGGUGUUUCAACAAUGCAAUGUUGAGGGGAGAUAGGUGCUGGUUGCCUUGCUCUUGUAUUGCAUGGAAGUUAGUUUUAUUGGAUAAGUAAUAUUCUAAACUUUUGUAAGCCUAUCCAUGAUGGUCUGAAUUGAGUUGGGGCUCAUAUAAAUAAAGAAAAAUAUCAAUAUUUACUUUGUCCUCCUCCUGACUUAUUUUUUUAGUA